AUGGGUUUUUGGUUGAUGAGACCGAACAAAAAUGUGUCAAAAAUCCCAUCACCAGAUGAUUAUCGGAUAUCUCCAUGUCGAGCAUUGACUUCAAAGACAGCAUUCACACUCGUCACAUUAUUGAAUCUUCUACUUUCUACGGGUCUUUUUAUUACUCUUUUAGCGAAGAACAAGAUUUACAUCAGUAUGGACACUUCUCUUUUUGAUAUGGUUCCUUUUGGAUGGGUAACAUUUUUGAUUGGAGUCAUUCACACGGUGAUUGCUCUGAUUGCAAUCAAGACAAUGAAACCUGGAUUUGCUCAACUUUUGAUUCCGAUUACGGUGAUCCUUGUUGUUUUCUGUUUAUAUGAUCUCUUUGGUUCGAUGAGCUACGAGUUAUUCCUCGAUUCACAAAAGGCUUUAAAUGCAACAAAUGGAGAAUGGAAAAAGCAACCGGAGCCUUAUGCUGAAGUUAUCAUCAAAAUACGAGGCGUUAUCGGGAUCAUCAUUUCAUUGUCCGCAUUUCUCUGGUCUUUCAAUCUUCUUUAUUCAUUUUACUCGUACGUGAGAGAUAUUCAAUUAUACAAGGAACAAAGUUCAGCCUCAGUCGCAAAUUAUCCA